AUGUCCUCAGCAUGGUUACCCGAAUUGGUUGCAGAUACAAACCUUCUACAACGGUUUGAAAGCUAUCAAUGGCCGAGUGAGCGUUCAAGUGCAAAGAAAGUUACUGGCCUUUAUGAAGUAGAUCUUAUUACCGCCCUUGCAACUCAAAUGUUAUCUCUCACAAAUCAAAUAGCUGCAUUGACUUCACAUGGAUCACAAAAGAAAUCAGAAUCUAUUAUGGCUACAUCCACUGUAUGCCGAAAAGUUGAAAGGGAGAAUGAACAUCUUCAGUAUGUGAACGAUCAGAAUUUCAAUCAAAAGGAAAACUACUCAAGAAACAACUACUAUCAGGGGUUCAAUAAUCAAGCGUUUGAGCGAAAGCCAUCACUGGAAGAUAUUUUAGGAACCUUCAUUUCGGAGACCAGAUCGAGGUUCAACAAAGAUGAGGCAAGACUUGACAGCAUUGAGACACAUAUGACCAACUUGGGGACUACAGUGAAGAAUUUAGAGGUACGGAUUGGUCAGAUAGCAACUGCAAUACAGUCUCAACAAAAAGGACAAUUUCCCAGUGACACAGAGGUUAACCCACGGGAACACUGCAAUGCUAUCACCCUAAGAAGUUGUAAAGCAGUUGAAGAACGCAAGCUUAGAGAGGUUAGGGUACCUACAUCGGAUCCCAUUCUUGCAAGGGAAAAGCAGACUGAAGGGCAGAAAACUGAGGCAGAGAGGGAUUUGAAGAAGGAGUUUGAUGAAAAAUUCGCAAAGUUUCUGGAGGUCUUCAAGAAAAUCCACAUCAGCAUUUCCUUUGCAGAAACCUUGGCCCAAAUGCCUAACCAUGCCAAGUUCUUAAAAGAAGUGAUGUUAAAGAAGAGAAAGUUGGAGGAAUUUAAGACUGUUAAGCUGACAGAGGAGUGUAGUGCCAUACUUCAGAAGAAGCUCCCUCACAAAUUGAAAGAUCCGGGCAGCUUCAACAUCCCGUGCAAUAUUGGUGGUAUCACAUUUGAUAGGGCAUUAUGUGACCUUGGAGCUAGCAUAAACUUGAUGCCCUUAUCAGUGUUCAAAAAGCUGGGUCUUGGAAAAGUGAAUCCCACAACCCUUACCUUGCAACUGGCGGACAGAUCGAUCAUAUAUCCCAAAGGCAUUAUUGAAAAUGUGUUGGUGAAGGUUGAUAAGUUCAUCUUUCCGGUGGACUUUGUGGUAUUAGACAUGGAUGAGGAUAAGAAAGUACCAUUGAUUCAUGACCGACCUUUCCUGGCUACUGGAAGAGCAUUGAUUGAUGUGCAAGAAGAAAAGUUGACACUACGAGUUAAUGAAGAGCAAGUAACUUUCAACAUCCAUCAAGAAAAGAAAGCUCCAGAAAAAGGAAAGGUUGACACUUGCAAAAUGAUCCAAUCAGCUGAAAUAAUUGCAGGAAACGGAGAAAAAAGGGAAUUAUUUUAUGAUCCAUUGGUACAAUACAUGGAAAUUAGUUACUCAACAAGGGAUGCAUCUACCGAUGGUAAUGACUUAUAA